AGAUGCACCUAUCAAGAUGGCGGCUUAAAGUGCCGCCUGUCUUGAAAGCAAUUCGAGAACUGUCAGAUGGAUAUUAAUUUUCAUUGAUAUUAGUUUUGAUAAUAAGUUUUUUAUACCUAAAGUGAAACGCGUAAGAGAAAAAUGCUAUUAACGUUAAAGCCAGAGCACAAGAAGCACGUGUUGUUUCUUGCUGAACAAUCGCCGCCAGUAUUGCAGGAUUUUUGCAAAUUAGCUCUGGAUUAUCUGCAAAAGGGUCCAAAUGUUAAAGUAUACAAUGCUGCUGCUCAGAAAUUAAAUGUUGAGUUGGACGCAAUUAAGAAUUCAGUGGAGGGUUUGGUCAAUCUCUUGUUAGAAAGCUGCAAACACAAGUUAAAUGCGGAGGAUUUUCGAGAUUCUGUGAUCACUUUAGGUUUCACGGAAGAGAAGGAAGCAAUACUUAGUAAAUUAUAUAGCGUUAAAAAAGAUGAGAUCUUGAAUGCCUUAGAAGAGAUUGGAUUUAAAUUGCCUGAAUAUCAUGACAUGGAAUGGAGAUUUGAAGUGCAGACUGCAUCAAGAUCUCUCUUGAAACAAGUUGCACCACUCAUCACUCUAGAUUUAUCACUGAAAAAUCCCGACAAUUCCGACGAAAUUGAACACGUUUUGUUACAAACUGAUCCUACUAAUUUGCUUCAUCUAACUCAAGAGCUGGAAGAAGCGCUACAAGAAAGUCGUAGCUUACAUAUUCGAAGGAUUUCAAGGGCAAAAAUGGAGUCCCUUAUUACAGUAGGUGCUGAAAAUCUAACUUCGAUCAUUCCACCUGGACUCUCUACCACAACAUUUGCUAAUGUAUUAACAACGACAACUGGACCACACGCGAUGCGGCAGAUGAGUUUCAACAAUCAAACUGUUGUGGAUAAAGUACCUCCAGAAAUGCUGCACUUGGUUGAUCCGCAUUGGUACCAAUUUCCACCAAUGGAUCCAAUGUGGCACAAAAUUUUAGGCCUGGUGAUGAUUGUAUUAGGAAUUAUGGGAUGGAGUGGAAAUGGUGUAGUAGUGUAUGUGUUUAUGAUGACACCCUCUUUAAGAACACCGAGCAAUCUUCUGGUGGUAAAUCUCGCUUUUUCCGAUUUCAUCAUGAUGAUAAUUAUGUCACCUCCUAUGGUGAUCAACUGUUACUAUGAGACCUGGAUAUUAGGAGUAUUAAUGUGCGACAUAUAUGCCAUGGUUGGCUCUUUAUGCGGAUGUGCCUCGAUAUGGACUAUGACUGCUAUUGCUCUUGAUCGAUAUAAUGUUAUAGUAAAGGGUAUGGCAGGAAAACCGCUUACUAUUAAGAAAGCGCUACUUGAAAUUUUGUUAAUCUGGCUCUUUGCUGCAUUAUGGACAGUUAUGCCGAUGGUGGGAUGGAACAGGUAUGUGCCAGAAGGCAACAUGACCGCCUGCGGUACCGAUUACCUCACUAAGGAUUGGAUCUCUAAGUCAUAUAUUCUGGUGUAUUCGAUAUUUGUAUACUACAUGCCGCUCUUUACUAUAAUUUACAGCUAUUACUUUAUCGUUUCGACAGUAGCUGCUCAUGAAAAAUCAAUGAGGGAACAGGCGAAGAAAAUGAAUAUACAGUCUUUGAGAUCUGGGGAUAAUCAAAAUAUCAGUGCAGAAGCAAAAUUGGCAAAGGUGGCUUUGAUGACUAUCUCUUUGUGGUUUAUGGCAUGGACACCGUAUCUGGUCAUUAAUUAUACAGGCAUUUUCGGUGGUGCUACUAUUAGUCCUCUUAGCACCAUUUGGGGAUCUCUGUUUGCAAAGGCGAACGCUAUAUAUAAUCCGAUUGUUUAUGGAAUUAGUCAUCCAAAAUAUAGAGCAGCGUUAAAAGAAAAAUUACCGUUCUGCGUAUGUGGCUCGACUGAGGAUCCAUCUGCGAAACCUGCUGGAGACACAACGUCAUCCACAACGGCAGCGUAAUUUCGUGCGAUGGAUUGCAUCUUUAAUUCUAAAUAUGUGAUAUAACAAAAAGUUAGAGGAUAUUUCUCUCGAAUUGGUUGAUGAAUUAAUAAUAUUAAUUAAAUGUUUCUAAGAAAUGAAGAAAAUUUGUAAUUUGUAAAGCUUUAAUAUAGCUGUUACAGAUAGCCAAUUAUGCAAAAAGCUAUUACGUACACGGAAUUUCGAGUGGACCAACUUUGUUAUAUUUUAUGAUAUGUUGUACACAUAACGAAUUCUCAUUUUGAAUUUGUCUUUAUUAUUUUCCCUGUGCAAAACUGAGAAUAAUAGAAAGCACUUAGUGUUGAUUGUAGUAUUGCAAACGAAUAUCAGUUAAUAAAUUGUUUGGCAUGUAAU